CAGUACUUCAUCGUGCCCUAAGUUUGCAGUGCUGGAUGUAACCAGACGCUGGGAUCUGAUUAGAGACAAGGGCGGUUGUUACAAUUGUCUAGGGACUGGUCAUCGCGCCGCCAGCUGCCUGGUCUCAAGGGUUGCAGCCUGGCCACAUGCAAGAGGCGACAACAUUCGCUGUUACAUUACGAGUCAAUGCAGAGGACUCCCAAGAAAGAACCGAGCAACAGCCACAAUACUUACAGCACUCUAAGAAAGGUCUCGCUCGCUGUGCGCUUGAUGGGCCUCUUGCGAUCCAUUGAGACCUAUGCUUUAGUGGAUAGUGAUUCUGAUGUAAGUCUGGUACAGGAAGAUAUUCUGAGGGAGGCUGGAGUACAGAUGGUGUCUGCUUACUUAAAAAUGCAAACAGUGAACGCCUGUACCUCACUGGACGUGGGCCCUGCUAGUUCCCGAUUGUCCCCUCUGAGCGGCUCUGAUAGUAUUGGUGUAGACCAGGCAUAUUGCUUACGUCACCUACCGUCGCAACCGGUGACAGUGCCUGUCAGUCAGUUAGCUGAGCGGUGGUCACAUUUGGUGAAUGUCAACUCAGAUGAUCUGAGAUACCAGGGACAGGAUACUCCUGGAGGCCGACGUUCCUGAAGCUAAUCGGCAGAUUGAACGACGAGAUGUCGGAUGAAAACGCCCUUUUGCUGAAAAACUCUACUUGGUUGCAUAUUACUUAGACCUGUUAGUCGGAGUAUUCAGCCUUGUAUCUCC